UCAAUUUAAGGAAAAUAGUACUGUAUUGUGAGGCCAAUCUAUUUAUCUAUGCUAUUGAGUCUCGACUGAUUCCGAUUCCGUUCUUUAUCUCUCUGACUCAACUACUCUCUCUCUCCGCCACUGCUACUACGUCUACGAUUUGUGGGUCAUCUAAUCAAUCGGUGGCCAGGCUCGCUUAACAUGGGAAACAAGCCUGCAAAACAAGAGAAGGAAGUACUCUUAAAGAUUGUGCCUCCUUUGGACCAAGCAUACGUUCAGUGGCUUGCUCGGGAUCUUGAGAGGAUUCAUGGCUUUACUCCAAAGAAUCCGCGUGCAGUGAAGCCACCAGAUCAUUAUAUUGAGUACAUGCGCUUAAAUGGAUGGUUGGAUCUGAACCUGGAUGAUCCUGACCUCAAGCAUUUAUUCAAAUAGUUGAGUGUCUCCAAAAAUAGAAAAUGACCAGGGGAAACUAGUAAAAUCUUAUGUUAUAAUUAGAGGGAGAUGCACUGGCUAUUGGCUAUUGGCUAUUAUGGUGUAAAGGCAUUAUGAUAAUAAGUACUUAAAAUGCUCAAUCAAUUUGCUGUAUUUUUGUGAGUAGAAAAUGGGGUCAGUUAUGAAAAUUGUCUACUAUUCACCAAUGUA